AUGGAGGCGCCGCUGUCACCGCGCGAGUCGGCGAGGUUCGUGGCCGAGAACAGUCGCGACGUGCUCGUGGACCGCGAGGGCGUGCGCAGGGCGGCCGAGCUGCUGCUGCCCGCGGCCGCGGCGUGGCGCGUGGAGCAGUGGAAGACCCUGCACGAGCUCAACCCGCGCGGGGCCGACGAGGCUGCGCUCGACUGGGUGUUCGUGGUGGACUCGCUCAACUUCUCCUUCUGGGCCGAGCGGGAGGAGCGCAAGUGUGAGGUGCGCUACGGCGGGACGGCCUACACCGGCUACUGGGCCCUGUGCGCCGCCGUCAACCGCGCGCUCGACCAAGGGAUACCAGUAACUAGUGCCUCCUACUACGCCACAGUGACCCUCGAUCAGGUUCGGAAUAUAUUUCGUUCAGACACAGCUGUGCCCAUGCCUUUAAUAGAAGAGAGACAUCGAAUUCUCAAUGAAACUGGGAAGAUUCUACUGGAGAAGUUUGGAGGCUCUUUUCUUAAUUGUGUUCAAAACAGUGGAAGAAGUGCCCAGAAGCUAAUGCACCUGAUUGUUGAGAACUUUCCCUCCUACAAGGACGAGGCACAGUUUGAGGGGAAAAGGAUCUCCUUCUACAAACGAGCGCAGAUCCUCGUGGCGGACACGUGGAGCGUGCUGGAAGGAAAGGGAGAUGGCUGCUUCGAGGACAUCUCCAGCAUCACCAUGUUCGCUGACUACAGGCUGCCUCAGAUUCUCGUGUACCUCGGAGCCCUCAAGUACUCCGACAAGUUACUGAAGAAGCUUCUCGAAGGAGAAAUGCUCUUAAAUGGAGAUAGACAGGAAGUGGAAAUUAGAGGCUGCUCCAUUUGGUGUGUCGAGCUGAUCCGGGACUGUCUCCUGGAGCUUCUUGAAAAAAGGGGCGAAAACCCUCCUGCUGAGAUCAAUUCGAUUCUCCUGGACUAUCACCUGUGGGACUACGCCCGCGAGCACAGGGGAGACAUGAAGGAAGUCCCAUUUCAUCGCACACGCUGCAUAUACUACUGACCCUGAGCGUAGUAGGUCCAGUUGAAACACUUGCACUUUUAGAUCCUACAGUCACUUCACAAUUCUGAUCCACUAUAAAGAUAGAAAUUAUGCUGGGCCAUGGUGGUGCACGCCUUUAGUACCAGCACUCGAGAGACAAGAGGCAGGUGGAUCUCUGUGAGUUCAAAGAGAUCCUGGUCUACAGAGUGAGGGCAGCCAGGGCUACACAGAGGAAAGAAGGAAAAAGAUAGGUAGAAGACAGAAAUUGCAGGAAUAAGCAAUUGACUGUCCAGGCACCAUUUUUUUUUCUUGGGGUAACAUUGUGUUCCCAUAAUCAUACUGCAUAGCCUUCAGUGAUGCUGUCCCAUAAUCAUACUGCAUAGCCCCCUCAGUGAUGCUGUCCCAUAAUCAUACUGCGUAGCCCUCAGUGAUGAUGUCCAUGUCUUCAGUUGGUAGCAUUUCUCCACUGGUAAUCAUUUAGUCAUUUGUUUUUGUCUUUUCAUUUUGUUUUAAUGGACCUGGACAUUAAACCUAUGGCCUUGCGUAAGCCAGGCAAGUGCUCUACCACUGAGGCACUAACCCCAGCUUAGUUACUUUCUAUAUGCUACAAUAAUUUAAUAUUAAAUAGAGGUACUCUUUGAUGUA